UCUUCAUCUGCUGUGUUGAAACAAGCAGAGGGAAGACGCUUGGCGUUGCUACUCCCGAGUUUCACCAGGUAGAUCCAUAUGACAUCAGGAUUGCCUUCAGUCAGAAAUCUUGAAGUGCAGCUUUGCUGGGUGGGUCUCUGAAGAAUUUGAAGGAGUUUUGUAGAUAGGGCGUGUUUACCUUUGUCAAAGUAGUGAGUGUAAUGCCUCUUCCCUGCUAAUGUGCUUACGUUCUCUUGGACUGCAACAUCAUAAAGCAUGGCGCACAUACUGAAGACACUCAACAGCUGGUUUUGGUGGGAGAAUAUCUGGAUGCCCAUCAAUGUCACGUGGGCACAUUUUGUAGACCGUGAUGGACUUGUCUUUCCAAAAGCACAUCAGUUAUAUGCCACAAUUCCAUAUGCUUUUGUAUUGCUGAUUAUCCGGUUCUUCAGUGAAAGAUACAUUGCUAUGCCUCUAGCAAAAGCCUUAGGUAUAAAGAACGUAAGACGUGUGAAGCCACAGCCUAAUCCUGUUUUAGAGAGUUAUUUCCGGGAGUGCUCAAAACAUCCAUCCCAAUCAGAUAUUCAAGGCCUUGCCAAGAAGUGCAACUGCACUGUCCACUUGGUGGAAAAGUGGUUCAGGAGACGGCGAAACCUGGAGAUCCCAACAGUGCUUCGGAAAUUCCAGGAAGCUUUCUGGCGAUUUUCAUUCUAUCUCACAUCCUCCAUUGCUGGAUUUAUAUUUCUGUGUGAUAAACCAUGGUUUUACGACAUCUGGCAGACGUGGGUUGGUUACCCAUUUCAGACCUUGCUGCCAUCCCAGUAUUGGUACUACAUGGCUGAGAUUAGUUUUUACUGGUCUCUCUUAUUUACACUGGGGAUUGACAACAAAAGGAAGGAUUUUCUGGCUCAUGUCGUUCAUCACUUGGCAGCCAUUGGGUUGAUGAGUGGCUCUUGGUGCGCUAAUUAUGUGCGUCUGGGGACACUGGUGAUGUUUGUGCACGAUACUGCAGAUUUCUGGCUUGAGGCAGCCAAAAUGUUUAAUUACGCUCACUGGGAGAAAACCUGCAAUGUGCUCUUUAUCAUCUUUUCUAUCGCAUUCUUCAUCACAAGAAUCAUCCUGUUUCCCUUCUGGAUUCUUCGUGCCACGUUGUAUCAGCCUACGUACUACUCCACGACUCCUGUCAUAGCAUAUUUUCUGUUCAAUGGGCAGCUGUUGAUCCUCCAAGGCUUGCAUUUAUACUGGGGUUACUUAAUUCUCAAGAUUCUGAAAAGGUUCAUUUUCUUAAAGGACUUGAAAGAUGAUCGGAGUGAUGAAGAGGAGGAAGAUUCUGUUACAGAUAAUGAAGAGGAGUCCAUAAAGAAUGGCAACAAGAACAGCUGUGGGUCAAGCAAACAUCUCCUAAACAGCAGUCACCACUAGCCCCUUUCUGCCUCACCUCCUGCAGUGAUUUCUGCUCUGGUUUUUACCCAACCUACAGGAUAGAAUUUAAGUCAAAAUUCUUAUGAGAGACUGUGAUUGAUUUAUUGUUGGCUACUGGACCUGGAAAAAAGCCCAGUUUAGAGGGAAGGGAAAAAUAGUGUAACAUGACAAAACGUGUUAAUGACCCGCUUUGAGAAUCAUUGUGAAGUGUUUGGAAAGAUGUUUGGACACACUGAGUGACAGUGCUCCACAAGGUCAAAGCUCAAGAGCCUCAGAUCAUUUAGUGUCCCAAUUCUAACACUGUUUGUCGACCUGGUAUAAGAUCUGUUUCACCAAGUGGUUUAAUUCACAGAUGUUUUGUGGUAGGUAAGUAGUGUGAAUUGCAUUAGGAACCAAGAUUACUCAAUGUGGGAAAAAUUUUGACAGUGGUAUACUGUGCAUUUUCCUCUUUACUUUUCAGUUUAAACCCUCAUCAAAAUAGCUAUUUUUUGGGUUAGAUUUCAUUUCCUGGAGGCCAGUGGAAGCUAACACAAAGGAAGACAAAUUACUUGCCUCUGAAGAGCUGGCUUCACUGCAGAAAUAGAGUCUUUCUCCAAAAUAUGCUGUAUGAUAGAUGGCUCAAAACUUGUGUUCCAAGAUUUACCUGUCAAGGAAAUCACUGUUAAAAUAGCAAAACUCAGCCUCAAUUCUCCAUUGGGCUCUGGGUUUCAUCUCUGUCAUUCUGGCCUCAUCUUAGGAGCAAGUCCACUAAGUUCUGUUUUGUGGUUCCUGUGUGUUCACUGCAUGUAUCUGGGCUCUGGGGGAGCAUGGGACUAGCAGGGAAUGUCAUAUUGUCAGUGCUGUGAAUUCAUUUGAUACCAGGAUCUAUAUUUCUAUCUCUGCUCUUUCUGAAAGUCAGGAAUCACACUGGCUAGAGCCCAACUUGAAUGCAUGUGACUUAGGCCACAUACCAUUGUUUGUGCUGUAAGAAGUUGUCGUGGCUGAAGGAACAGUGGGUGUUUCAUCAGCUUCUUGUACCAGAAGUGCCUCUGUCCUGUUUGCACUUUUAUUUUAAGGCUAGUGCAGAGUGCAGCAGCUUUUUUAGUCCUGGGGCUUACCAAUGAGAGCCUUGGGCCUUUUAAAUAGGAUGGUGCAAGGCUCAUUUCCAGAUGCAUUAGCUCACAAAGUUGUAAGUGAUUUGUGUCAUGAGUUUUAGAGGUGAGAGGCUCUCUAUGUGGUUCUACAGUAGCUGAGAUCAUCUGGUGAACUAAAUCCAGUAGCUUGAGAGAGACCAGGGGACCACUGCUACAACAGCCUUAAUGCUGAGCUUUUGGUUUGGAAAGGUUCUUUUCCCCUUACGGGUGCUCAGGCAGGAAAUUGGUGAUCUAUGGGAAGCACCAUAUGACUGACUUGUUUUCCCAAGAUUUCCUUGGCAAAGAGGGAUAAGGUUCAGUGAAAGAAUGGGAAAUGUUUGGGAUCUUGGAUAUGAAGAAGGAAACUUGUUCCAUGCAGUUACAAGGAGCUAUAGGAGUACUUCAUUACAGAGGCUGGCAGGGUGAAAGUAUCUUCAUAUGGUCUGGUCAGCUAGGCCGUGUUUAAUUUUGUGCUUAUAUUAUGGACCAUGUAAUACCCCAAAUGUUUAUGUUUCACCACAAAGAGAACUUACUGAGAAAGGAGAAUGGCCUCCAGCUUCUGAGAAGGAUGGAAAUGUGCAGCAGUGCAAUGGGACUCCUGUGGUUAAGAAGGGUUUCUUGGGCUGAGCAGGCAGAAUUCCCUCGAUAGCUGUUGUAUAGCAGUGUGCUUCCUUACAUAGCUGGGGAGAAUACCUUAAAUACUGCAGUGUGGGUUUAUUGGAAGCGUGAGUACUUAUUACACCAUCUAAAGCAACUGGUGAGUUUGGCAGGGUCACAGUUGCUUAUCAGGGCCUGUUUAUUGCCUACAUGUAAAGAACUGGCCUUUCCUGACAAAACAUAGAAACACAACAUUUUGGAGGCUUUACACUCCCUCUGAUAGCAGUGGAGACAACGAUGCUUUCUUCAAGACAUAAUAGGGGUUUGAGAGGUGGCCAGGGUAUUAUCAUUUAAUGUUGGUGCCAGAAAACAUUCCUGCUAUGAGUAGGAAAGGAAUUCGGGAAAGGAAACAUGAAGAAUGAAGUUGUCACAGGAGUGAGCCUCUGAACAACUACUGAGUUUUACACUGGGAUUUAUAGUCUGAUUUCGGGCAAAUCUUGCCCUUCCUACUUGGAUGAGUUUCCCACUGAAGCCAAUUAACUCCACUGGAGUCUUGCCAAGGAAAAAGUUUGGAUUGCCGUUAUCCAGCUUAAUUACAAGACCUGUUGUUUUAAAUCAAUGUGAAACUUAGGAUCUUAGAGGAAGAGUAAAAGGUAGAUAAAGACAUUCAAACAUCAUUAACUAUUGAGGCAAAGUUUUGGUGAAUACAGAAUAACAUCCUGAAGGUGAAGGUUAGAUCUAAGCACAGUAAACAACCAAGUAACUCCAUCACACUGCAGUUAGGGUCAUGGGACCUCCUGGGGGUUACUGUCAUGCCCAGCUGAAGUGAUGAAACGUGAAAACUCUGGAUGUAAACCAGUAGGCACUGGGGAUGAAUACCCACAGCAUGGAAAGAAGUGGGAACAGACUGUCCCAGUGGGACUGGACACAUGAGAUUUGUCAUUCUGGAGGUUAUGUGUGUUUCAUCUUCUUAUGGUUAGAAACCCAGAAACAAGAAGCUGAGGGCGUGGGGAACAUGAUUCAUGCUAAAUAAAUUGAUGUCAUGGUGCUUCCAGAUCUUCAGUCUAUUCAAUGCCCUUAACUUUUUAUUCUUACCGUGUAAAGAGUCUCCAAAUGCAAGUACAGCACAGUUGCAGGUAAUGUGUGUGAGCACAGAUGAUAGACUCUACAUUACUUUCACCAAUCGAUGGUAAAAGUGGGUCCUGAUUUAAUGAUUUGAUGCUGUCUGGUUCUGCUGUGUCACUUUGACCAUGCCAAAAUACUUAUGGUUGAAUUAAGGACUGAAAAUGAAAUCUUAGUCCAUUGGACUCAGCAGAAUCUUUUCUGUUGCAUUUAAUCCGCUGAGUUUUGGUCAGGUUCUCCUUCCCGUGUACCCCAUGCUGCCUCUGUACUUGUUUACUACAUAGAUUUACCCAUCUACUUGGAUGUGAUUUACAGAUCUCCUUUAUUCCACAAAACUCAUUCUGUCAAUGUGUAUUGCUCAGGAUAAUGACCUUUACUUGUUCUUAAUGGCACUGAAUUUGUCUGGUCUGUUGUGCUCCACACUAGAGACACAUAUUUUUUAACAUCAGGUAUCUAUGUAAGAAUUGCCUUGUUUUCCUCACCUCUUCCUCUCUGCUUUCCAUUCCCUCCCAGCUUUUCCGGGAGGGCCUGAUCUGAAGUUAUGUUUAUUUGAGGAAUGUUGGAAUAAUGUACAAAUACAGGGAGAAUUCUUUGUU